UCUUAUGUUACGGCGGUGGGUUCUCUUAUAGGAACUUUGUGCUUUACAAACUGAUUGAACUUGUCAUUCUGUGAAAACAUAUUAUUAUUUAGAAAAAUAACGUAAAAAGGAACAGGACAUUCUGAAUUUUAAAGUAAAUUCCCAAUUCAAUUCAUUCCAAUCAACCCAAAAUGAAUAUAGAGAAAUACACACUGCAGUCAAUAAGGCAGGAUUUAAUUGACAACAAUCUACAGGCAAAGGCCAUCAUACAGGACAUUGUUACAUAUCGCGGCUCAAUACAAGAAUUGGAAGCCCUUAAUGAGGCUGGUCGUGCAAAAUUGGCUGCGUUGAGGAAAAACAUUGAUCGCCUAAAUGAUUGGGCUCGUGAUACCGGUGACCCGGCCUUGUCCAAAGAAGUCGACACCCAAAGAGAACAAUUCUCAAAAGUGCUGCAGGCAUUUCGUAAAGCAAAUGUGGCUACUAUGUUAGAAAUUGAAAAGGCAAAUCGUGAAGAACUUAUGGCCAUAACAGGCGAAACAGAUUUACGGCAACGUCACACCGCUGGAUCAGCGACACGUCAUAAUCGUGGCAGUUUGGUGUCACAAGAAAAUAAUGUAACUGAGAAAAUGCUGGCCAUAUCACGACAUCUUUCAGAGACAACACAAAAGAGUGCCAUUACAUUGGAAAAUUUGGUGGCAUCCUCACAAAAUGUGGAGGCGACACGGGAUGAACUAACAAAUACAGCCGGUACCAUUUCACAAUCUGGCAAACUAUUAAAGAAAUAUGGACGACGUGAAUGUACCGAUAAAAUGCUAUUGUUCUUUGCCUUUGCUUUCUUCUUAGCCUGUGUCUUUUACAUUAUCCACAAGAGAUUGUUCUAAACAUCUGUACCAAAUCUCUAAAGUCCAAAAUAUUCAACAAUGUCCCCACACUUUGCUAAGUAAAACAUCUUUCCCCUCUCUAUUGCCGUACGUUGAAUAUUGAACUGCUGAUGAAAGAUGAUUCGUUAUUAUGAUUUUAUUUAAUUAGUGUUACGGAAUGAAAUUUAAUGAUGACUGAUGUUAAAGGCUGGCCACACUCAGGGUUUAUUUUUCUCCCUUGUUAUCUUUCUCUAUUAAGCACAGAAAAAUAAUCCUAUCGUUCCAAGAAUGUUUUGUUUAGGGAAUUAAAAUUAGUGUAACAGAAAAUGCUAACUAAACAAUGUUCUAGUAUAUGUAUGCAUUUGUAUAUGUAGGUUAAUAAAAACGACAAAAAUUCACAAUGUAACUUAUAAAAAGCUUAAAUUUAGUUUAAAACUAAAAAUUAAAUAAAGAUCUAAAACUAUUUUAAAUUAUA